ACUCAUCAGCAUCCACAAAAUCACAGCGUCGAUCUGGUUCUCUGGUGUUGGUGUGUAGAGCUCGAGAGCGAUCUAGAUCUGAUCUAGUCAGGCAGCAGCUUCCAACACCAUGGCCUUGGCGGCAGCCGUGCUCGGGUUUGGGUACCCGUCGUGGUGUAAACCAACAAAUGCUCCAGCUGGGAGAAACCGGUACUGCAACCCACACGCAACUUCCGGCAAUGGUGUCCUAGCGUUCAAUCGCAGCAGCAGGAGGUGCAGGAACAGCGCUGUAGCGAACAGCGAGGCUACGGCAGUGGCCGGACUCCGGCGAGACAAGAAGCACGUGGCGGAGGAGGAGGAGGACGAAUGGCCGAGCUACCUGACGCCGGAGAGGCUGGACGUGCUGAGGGAGAUGGAGACGUGGGUGGAGGAACACGUGCUCACGCUGCUCAAGCCCGUGGAGGCGUCGUGGCAGCCGUCCGACCUGCUGCCGGAUCCGGCAGCCCUGGGCAGCGACGGCUUCCACGCCGCGUGCCUCGAGCUCCGCGCGGCGGCGGCGGAGGUGCCGGACGAGCUCCUCGUGUGCCUCGUGGCGAACAUGGUCACGGAGGAGGCGCUGCCCACGUAUCCGAGCGGGCUGAACCGCUUCGAGGUCGUGCGUGACGCCACGGGCGCCGACCCCACGCCGUGGGCGCGCUGGAUCCGCGGCUGGUCCGCCGAGGAGAACCGCCACGGCGACGUGCUCAACCGCUACAUGCACCUCUCCGGCCGCUUCGACAUGCGCGAGGUCGAGCGCACCGUGCAGCGCCUCAUCCGCGACGGGAUGAGCUUCCACGCGCCGGUGAGGAGCCCGUACCACGGCUUCGUCUACCUCACCUUCCAGGAGCGCGCCACGGCCAUCGCGCACGGGAACACGGCGCGCCUCGUGGGCGCGCGCGGCGCCGGGGACUCGGCCCUCUCGCGGAUAUGCGGAACCGUGGCCGCCGACGAGAAGCGGCACGAGGCAGCCUACACCCGCAUCAUGGCGAAGCUGUUCGAGGUGGAACCGGAUGCCACCGUGCGCGCCAUGGCGUACAUGAUGCGCCACCGGAUCGACAUGCCGACUGGCUUGAUCAAUGACGGCCGCCAUAGCGGCCGCGACUUCUACGAUCGCUUCAGCGCCAUCGCGCAGCAGGCCGGCACCUACACGGUUUCCGACUACCGCGGCAUCCUGGAGCACCUCAUAGAGCAGUGGGGCGUGAAGGAGCUCGCCUCGGGGCUCUCCGGCGAAGGGAGGCGCGCGCGUGACUACCUGUGCGCGCUGCCGAACAAAAUGCAGAGGAUGGAAGCCAAAGUCCUGGAGAGAGCAGACAAGGCCAAAAACAAGCCCACUCGUAUCCCAAUUAACUGGAUCUUCGAUAGGGCCAUCAGUGUCGUUCUACCCUGAUCGGCUCAUCCUGUAUGAGUAUGCAAUUAGUUUGCGAAUAAAGAGUGCUUUAUUAGAUAGACUAUGAGAGCUCCUAGAUUCCUGCUCAACUAACUUUCGAACACAGGACGGGAAUCUUACGUUGCCGUAUCACAUUCUUGUUGGAAAUGGAAUGUGAUCUGUAUGGUUAAGGAAAGCAGAUAACGAAUUAGGGCAAGUACAUUGGUCUACUCUAAUAGGUGGUUUCGUGCAUUGCCGUCUCAAGAUGAUGUAACAUACGAUCAA